AGAUGCCAGUGAUUCUGGAACUGUUCCUCAUUGUAACGUGUUUGGUUCAGUCCUCAAAAACUGAAGUUGUUUGUGACAAGAAUGCAACAUUACAAGACUGGAAUACAUGUUUCAGCGUCUAUGAGAUGCAAUUGCAAUAUCUUUAUGACACUAAAUUCGACGACGAAUAUAAAUGGAAGAAGAUAUGCAAAAGUUCAGAAUGCCUCAUACAGUGCGUGACUGACGUUAUGAGUGAUUGUGUAAAAACUAAAGAAGUUCUGGAUGGUGGUUUUGCUGAAUAUGAUGCUGACAAGGUUAAGUUGUACUACAGGUUCGCUUGUUCAGAAAUAUCACGUCUUAAGAAACUCAAGUUUUGUGCAUUUAACCAAACUUGUUAUGGGGAGUCAUACAGUCUUUCAGAGUCCCAAUAUCUUGACCUAUACAAGACAAGGCAGAUAUGCAAGUAAUAUGCAAAGCUUCGUCAAUGUGUGACAGUAAGCCCUUCAGAAAACUGUACUGAAUCCGACGCUAGAUCAGCCACAGUCCUUUCAAAAAUUCAAUACUCAUUACGCACAUUGUGUGGAAACGAGGACAUGAGCCACAUAUACAAUAUGUACGAUGGGGACGCUAGGUGUACUGAUCCUAAAGUGGAGAGUAAAUGUUUUGAAUCACGAGUAACGUCACGUAUAACACGAUGUUCGGCUCUCUCCUUGCGGACUCUUGUUGACCAGAGGUUGCCGCCAAACAUUAUCGACUUCUGUGAUAGACAAGAAUGCAAUAUAAAAUGUUACGAGGAUGCUGUAAGCCUCUGUAGCAUGAAGGAUCAGUAUGUUGAGUUGGACCCAGUCGCUGUUAAAGUCUCAUACAGGGUAUCAUGUGAUAAAAAGGAAGAACUCAAAACUGCGGUAGCAGAAUGUACUAUCCGGAACAUGACAUGCUCUGCGGAUUUCCAAGACCUCCAGACAGAAGCAAACAAACUUCUGCAGCAUACUAACAACACGGCAUACAGACAAGCUCUCUGCAGGGCUACCUCGAAAUUUCUCGAGUGUUUGGACUAUGUUGUUGCUGGAAAUUGCACUAACGAGAUGGCGACAUUAAUGAAGGAUAUAAUGACAGUUGCGUUCAGCUAUGCUAAAUGCGGACCACAAGACCACGCCUACUUUUCUAAAUAUGGCGGCGAUACUAAAUGCGUCACUUCCGGAAGCUGGAAAUCCAUGAUAAGCAUCUUGCUCUUUGGAAUGACAGCGUUGCUUCUUGUACGACUUUGAACAAACAGUUUUUCAUUUGGAAUAAACAUCACUGAACAAAUUGUUCAGUGUCCAAAUAUUCAGAGUACAAAAUAAGAAAAUCAAGUACCCACAAUAUGAAUAUAACAUGUAGUUAUUCGAUCUUCCAAUUAGCACUGAUCGUUGUGAUUUAACAAAACCAUUUCAUUAUCAUGCAUUUCACAAAAUCCUGUGUACUUUUGUGCAUUUGUUCAAUUUUAAUGAUAAAUUGGACAUGAUAAAGUAUAAAGUCAGAUGAAGAAAGAAGUGUUAUAAGUUUUGACAAAGAUUCGGUUAUGUAUGUAUAGAAACCGGGGAUUCGCGCUUAUUGCUUUCAGACUAUGCAACUCAAUUCUAUUCAAGACUUGGUAUAUCGAUACACUAACUGCAAAAGUCCAUUUCUUCUUUCAUCACGUCUAAAACCGAUUUAGACAAUUUAUCUCGUAUUUUAUAUCUUAAUUCAUUUGUCAAGUUUGCUUUAUGUCUGCAUCUUUAGAUCUUGAUUCGUUUGUAUUAUUUUGAAUGUGUAUACGCAUGAAAAAAUGUUGUUUAACAAUAAUUAUUCUGUUCCAACGCCAAACUUUGCUACUGUUGUAAGGAAACAAACUGGUAUCAAAAUGUUACAAUUUUUUAUCUAAAUUCGCAGAAUCAUUGUACAUUUAAUUACUUCGAAGUUUUUGUUUGCAAAACAUGCAUGGAAAAUCCAUUUACAGUCGUUCUUUGUUUGAGACCCACAGAGCUUGCAAGUAGAUCUAACAUGUUUCCUAUUGUAUGUUUAACACAAUAAAUCAUUGAUCAAUUCCCCAUAAUUAUGCAAUAUCUUGGGAAAUAAGCAUGGAAAAACAAGAAAAAAACAGAAAUUUAUUUAUAUAAUAACAGUGUUGGCACGACCUCAUCACAGUCAUAAUAAAAAUAACAAUGGCAAGACGUAUGCGAUGCGAGAAAAAAUGGUAACACUAUUUUAUCACAUGUUUGACGUCGCUGGAGUGUAAUAAAGCCAUUAAAUAAAAACGAUAAUACACUAGUGUAAUUAAUAAAGAUUUGACGUCGACGUCAUUUAUAGUAUAGGCGACGUCGGUCAAAUUGUCUUGUUUAUAUAGUAAAAGAAAGUCGAUUUUUAGCUCACCUGUCACAAAGUGACAAGGUGAGCUUUUGUGAUCGUGCGGUGUCCGUCGUCCGUGCGUGCGUCCGUCCGUCCGUAAACUUUUGCUUGUGACCACUCUAGAGGUCACAUUUUUCAUUGGAUCUUUAUGAAAGUUGGUCAGAAUGUUCAUCUUGAUGAUAUCUAGGUCAAGUUCGAAACUGGGUCAUGUGCCUUCAAAAACUAGAUCAGUAGGUCUAAAAAUAGAAAAACCUUGUGACCUCUCUAGAGGCCAUAUAUUUCACAAGAUCUUCAUGAAAAUUAAUCAGAAUGUUCACCUUGAUGAUAUCUAGGUCAAGUUCGAAACUGGGUCACGUGCCAUCAAAAACUAGGUCAGUAGGUCUAAAAAUAGAAAAACCUUGUGACCUCUCUAGAGGCCAUAUAUUUCACAAGAUCUUCAUAAAAGUUAGUCAGAACGUUCAACUUGAUGAUUUCUAGGUCAAGUUUGAAACUGGGUCACGUGCCAUCAAAAACUAGGUCAGUAGGUCAAAUAAUAGAAAAACCUUGUGACCUCUCUAAAGGCCAUAUUUUUCAUGGGAUCUGUAUGAAAGUUGGUCUGAAUGUUCAUCUUGAUGAUAUCUAGGUCAAGUUCGAAACUGGGUUACGUGCCAUCAAAAACUAGGUCAGUAGGUCUAAAAAUAGAAAAACCUUGUGACCUCUCUAGAGGCCAUAUAUUUCAUGAGAUAUUCAUGAAAAUUGGUCAGAACGUUCAACUUGAUGAUUUCUAGGUCAAGUUCGAAACUGGGUCACGUGCCAUCAAAAACUAGGUCAGUAGGUCAAAUAAUAGAAAAACCUUGUGACCUCUCUAAAGGCCAUAUUUUUCAUGGGAUCUGUAUGAAAGUUGGUCUGAAUGUUCAUCUUGAUGAUAUCUAGGUCAAGUUUGAAACUGGGUCACGUGCCUUAAAAAACUAGGUCAGUAGGUCUAAAAAUAUAAAAACCUUGUGACCUCUCUAGAGGCCAUAUAUUUCAGGAGAUCUUCAUGAAAUUUGGUCAGAAUGUUCACCUUGAUGAUAUCUAAGUCAAGUUCGAAAGUGGGUCACGUGCCUUCAAAAACUAGGUCAGUAGGUCAAAUAAUAGAAAAACCUUGUGACCUCUCUAGAGGCCAUAUUUUUCAUGGGAUCUGUAUGAAAGUUGGUGUGAAUAUUUAUCUUGAUGAUAUCUAGGUCUAGUUCGAAAGUGGAUCACGUGCCAUCAAAAACUAGGUCAGUAGGUCAAAUAAUAGAAAAACCUUGUGACCUCUCUAAAGGCCAUAUUUUUCAUGGGAUCUGUAUGAAAAUUGGUCCGAAUGUUCAUCUUGAUGAUAUCUAGGUCAUGUUCGAAACAGGGUCAUGUGCGGACAAAAACUAGGUCAGCAGGUCUAAAAAUAGAAAAACCUUGUGACCUCUCUAGAGGCCAUACUUGUGAAUGGAUCUCCAUUAAAAUUGGUCAGAAUGUUUACCUUGAUGAUAUCUAGGUCAAGUUUGAAACUGGGUCACGUGCCUUAAAAAACUAGGUCAGUAGGUCAAAUAAUAAAAAAACCUUGUGACCUCUCUAGAGGCCAUACUUUUCAUGGGAUCUGUAUGAAAGUUGGUCUGAAUGUUCAUCUUGAUGAUAUCUAGGUCAACUGGGUCAACUGCGGUCAAAAAUUAGGUCAGUAGGUCUAAAAUUAUUAAAAUCUUUUGACCUCUCUAGAGGCCAUAUUUUUCAAUGGAUCUUCAUGAAAAUUGAUCUGAAUGUUCACCUUGAUGAUAUCUAGGUCAUUUUCGAAACUGGGUCACGUGCGGUCAAAAACUAGGCCAGUAGGUAUAAAAAUAGAAAAACCUUGUGACCUCUCUAGAGGCCAUAUUUUUCAUGAGAUCUUCAUAAAAAUUAGUGAGAAUGUUCACCUUGAUGAUAUCUAGGUAAAAUUCAAAACAGGGUCAUGUACCUUCGAAAACUAGGUCAAUAGGUCAAAUAAUAGGAAAACCUUGUGACCUCUCUAGAGACCAUAGUUUUCAAUGGAUCUUCAUGAAAAUUGGUCAGAAUUUUUAUCUUGAUAAUAUCUAGGUCAAGUUCAAAACUGGGUCACAUGAGCUCAAAAACUAGGUCACUAUGUCAAAUAAUGACGUCAUACUCAAAACUGGGUCAUGUGGGAAGAGGUGAGCGAUUCAGGACCAUCAUGGUCUUCUUGUUUUAUGUUUCGACAAGAAAGGCUAACAUGUGAUAAAAAGAAUAUUACAUGUGUAACUUUCCACAUUGAAUUUAUUAAACUCGUUUAAUAAAAUUGAUAAAAUGCUCGGCAGAGCCUCGCAUUUUAUUAUUUUAUUCAACUCGUUUAAUAAAUUCAAUAUAAAAAGACACUCAUGUAAUAUCCUCAAUAUUUUUGUCAAUCCCAGCAUAAUUAUAAACUAAACAAAAAUUGGUACUAAAACAUAAAUCUUCUCCAUUUGAAAAUAACUUCUACUGCCAAUGAAGAUGUUUGCUGACAGGACGGACACCAAAUAAUUUGCAAUCAUGCCAGAUACUUUAGAUAAUACAAUGGCGGCAGUUUUAAAAACGUCCUUAUCAAACUAAAUCAAAUAACAUAUUUAAAAAAAAAUGAACUAAGUAAAGUUAUUUGUUUACUUUAGACUGACGAAAUAGUAUGUACAGACUGAAAACAAACUGAUUAAAAUAAAACAAACAUAUCAUU